GAGUCAGGUUGGUUUAUAUACGCUAGUACGUGUUAUUAUUGGUUGUCAAGUCAAUCCUUGCUGACUUUGACACCCAAAUAACCUCCACAUUGCAUGUGGCCCGGUUUUUCCCAAUAAAAACACCAGUUUUUUUCAAAUCCCGUGAACUUCGGCCCCAAAGGCACUCGAAAUGGUGGAAGAGGUGGAGAAGGCCGAGAGCAAAAAGGCCGCCAAAAAGGAGGCCAAGAAGGCGGAGAAGGCUGCCAAGAAAGCCGAGCACAAGGCUGCGGACGGGCCAAGCGCAGCACCUGCCAGAGAUGAAGCGGAUGUGUCGGAGGGGCGCUACGGAACACUGCCUUUGAUCAGGUCAGACCCUUCGGCCCCCAAGCGAGCUUUCACCGCCGCAAAGGACUUGACCAAAGCCCUGACGGGGCAACAGGUGUGGAUACGGGGCCGACUGCACACCAGUCGCGCCAAGGGCAAGCAGUGCUUCAUUGUGCUGAGGCAACGCGAGUUUUCCGUGCAAGUGCUCGUCAAUGUGUCCGAGGCUGUUUCAAAGGCCAUGGUGAAGUUCGCCAGCAAUAUUUCCAAAGAGAGCAUCAUUGAUGUGCAGGCCAAAGUGGCGCAAGUUCCCUCCAGUGUCGCUGGCUGCAGUCAAAGCGAGGUGGAGUUGGUGGCCUCAGAAGUCUGGGUCGUUUCAGCGGCUUUCCCCCAGCUUCCUCUGCAGAUUGAGGACGCCAGUCGGCCAGAAAAACCAGGAGUGCGCACUUUCCGCCCUCAAUUUUUAGGACAUUUAAUAAAUGCUCCUUUGCAGGACGAGGACUCGUUGAAUAUCCGCGUGAAUCAGGACACUAGACUGGACAACAGGGUGUUGGACUUGAGGACCAGCACCAAUCAGGCAGUAUUCCGCUUGGAGGCGGGCGUUUGCAAGCUAUUCCGCGACACUUUAGCUAGCAGAGGGUUCGUGGAGAUUCAUACCCCAAAAAUCAUCCCUGCCGCCUCUGAAGGGGGCGCCAACGUCUUCACAGUGAGCUACUUCAAAGGUUCGGCCUACUUGGCCCAAAGUCCCCAGCUGUACAAGCAAAUGGCCAUCGCGGCCGAUUUCGAGAAAGUCUUCACAGUGGGCGCAGUUUUCCGGGCCGAAGACUCAAACACUCAUCGGCAUUUGACCGAGUUCACUGGCUUGGACUUGGAGAUGGCUUUCCAGUACCACUAUCAUGAAGUGAUGCUGACCAUCGGCGACUUGUUUACCGAGAUUUUCAAAGGGCUGCGCGACCAGUACAGCCGGGAAAUUUCGCUGGUCGGCCAGCAGUAUCCGGCCGAAGCGUUCACUUUCCUCGAACCUCCCUUGGUGCUUCAAUUUCCCGAAGCGAGGACGAUGCUGAAGGAGGCCGGCAUCGAAGUAGGCGCAGAGGACGACUUGAGCACGCCAGUGGAAAAACUGCUCGGAAGGCUGGUGAAGGCAAAAUUCCAUACAGACUUUUACAUCUUGGACAAGUAUCCUUUGGCAGUGCGCCCGUUCUACACCAUGCCCGAUCCGCAGGAUCCAAAAACCUCAAACUCUUACGACAUGUUCAUGCGGGGCGAGGAAAUUCUGAGCGGCGCCCAGAGGAUUCACGAUCCCCAGUUCCUGACGGAGCGCGCCAAACAUCACGGCAUUGAUAUUCCCAAAAUCGCCGCCUACAUAGACGCCUUUAAGUACGGUUGCCCGCCCCACGCCGGGGGCGGCAUUGGCCUGGAAAGGGUGGUGAUGCUCUACUUGGGCCUGGACAAUGUUAGGAAAACUUCGAUGUUCCCGCGGGACCCCAAGCGAGUAACGCCUUAAAAACCCGCUGAACAAGUAGGGCAAAAUAGAUUUUUUUGCGCGA